UUUCAAGGUUAGAGUCCUUAACCUAAAUUUUCAGGUAUCAAUUUUUGUGAUUACCUACCUAAUUGACAGAGAAUAUAAACAGAAAUUUUCAAAAAUUAUUUAUAUUAAUAUACCAACUCAUUAAUUUUCACUGAAAAAUGGAUUCGCACAAAUCUCGAGGUUUAAAACAUGUGAAAGAUAAACGAAAGUACAAAGGUAAUAGUACUAAAAUUUCAAAGUAUGUCCCUACAAAAUUACAACCGAAUUUAGAAUCAAAUUGGCAUAGAUAUGAAGAUGAUCUAGAGAAUGAAGAUGGUGCAAUGGAAUAUUCAAUUCUUGCCGGUGUACCGAUAACUAAAGGUACCCAGUUUCAAACUAAAAGUGAUAAAUUGUUGACUAAUGAAACUGAAUCAAGUACUUUUGAUGGAUUGUUCAGUUUAAACUUGGAAAAAUUAGAAGAAAAUUUGAUGACUAUUCCUUUUUAUAAAAGAGUAGGAGUUGAUGAAAAUUAUUUUUCAAAUCGUCAAAUUCAUGAUAUGAAUAGUGAAUCUGAAAACUUUUUGAAAAAGUGUAUAAAACCAAAUGAUGGAUGUAGUAGUCUGUCGAAACAAAAUCAUCAAAUAUCAACAAAUAAUCAUACAAAAUCAAAAGAUGCUACAAAAAGUGAAACUACACAAGAUAUAGCAAUUUCAAUUCAGGAAAACUUAAUUCUUGAAGAAACUCCAACAAUUGUUGAAAAAGAGAUUACUGAAACUUCGGAAAAUCCCGAAGAAUUGGAGAAAUGGUUAGACGAUUUUUUAAAUACAUGAGUUUGUACCUCCCUUAGUUUAAAUAUAUUUUUAUUCAUU